GCAUGAGGGUCAAAAGUAGUGAAGCUCUGAGGUUUUGGGGGCGCACCGCACUUCCCCCCUCUAGGCCUUUGCAGUCGCCCUCUCCGCCGCGGACACUGGAGAGUUAAGCCAAUAAACACGUAAGCGCCGCUCGCUCCCCAAUCGGCAAGAUGCCUCUCCUGCUCUUGGCUGCAUCGACAGCUUGCAACACUCGGCAUCUUUUCUGGAGGCGCCUCCUUCAGCGGCUGCAGAUGGCAUCCGGCUGCGGGCUCCGGGCUCGCAAUUGAUUCUCGCCCUUGCCCACCUCGGGUGAACACACGCACCUCUCCCUUCUCCUCCUCCCCUCGCGCUCCUGGGUCUGCGCUCAGCUCGCGCUCGCCGGGCAGAGGAAGCAGUCGCGGCGGCCGAAGCUGAGUAGCAGCGCUCGCUCUCCCUGACCUAGGAAGAAGCGCCUACCCGGACAGCCGACCCUUGGCUGCCUCCAGCGCCCCCCACCUUUUGCACCCCAAGGCGGGGGCUCCGGGGACCCCCCUCUCCCAGGCGCUACCAUGCUGGACCCUUCGUCCAGCGAAGAGGAGUCGGAUGAGAUCCUGGAAGAGGAGAGCGGCAAGGAUGUGCUGGGCUCGGCCGCGUCUGGAGCGCGCCUGUCUCCCAGCCGCACCAGCGAGGGCUCGGCAGGCAGCGCCGGGAUGGGGGGCAGUGGCGCCGGGGCCGGGGUGGGCGCCGGCGGCGGUGGGGGUAGCGGCGCGAGCAGCGGCGGCGGGGCCGGGGGGCUGCAGCCCAGCAGCCGCGCCGGCGGCGGCCGGCCUUCCAGCCCUAGCCCGUCGGUGGUGAGCGAGAAGGAGAAGGAAGAGUUGGAGAGGCUGCAGAAGGAGGAGGAGGAGAGGAAGAAGAGGCUGCAGCUGUACGUGUUCGUGAUGCGCUGCAUCGCCUACCCCUUCAACGCCAAGCAGCCCACCGACAUGGCUCGGCGGCAGCAGAAGAUCAGCAAACAGCAGCUACAGACUGUCAAAGACCGGUUCCAGGCUUUCCUCAAUGGGGAGACCCAAAUUGUAGCUGAUGAAGCCUUUAUGAACGCUGUCCAGAGCUACUAUGAGGUGUUUCUCAAGAGUGACCGUGUGGCCCGCAUGGUGCAGAGUGGGGGCUGCUCAGCCAAUGACUCUCGGGAGGUCUUCAAGAAACACAUCGAGAAGAGGGUGCGCAGCCUGCCUGAGAUUGACGGCCUCAGCAAGGAGACAGUGCUGAGCUCUUGGAUGGCCAAGUUUGAUGCCAUCUACCGUGGUGAGGAGGACCCCAGGAAACAGCAAGCCCGGAUGACAGCCAGUGCAGCAUCUGAGUUGAUUCUCAGCAAGGAACAGCUCUAUGAAAUGUUUCAGAACAUUCUUGGGAUCAAGAAGUUUGAACAUCAACUCCUGUAUAAUGCCUGUCAGCUGGACAAUCCAGAUGAGCAGGCAGCCCAGAUCAGACGAGAGCUGGAUGGACGUCUCCAAAUGGCAGACCAAAUAGCCAGGGAACGCAAAUUUCCUAAGUUUGUAUCCAAAGAAAUGGAAAACAUGUACAUUGAGGAGCUGAAGUCCUCUGUCAACCUGCUCAUGGCCAACUUGGAGAGCAUGCCAGUGUCCAAGGGUGGAGAGUUCAAGCUGCAGAAACUGAAACGCAGUCACAAUGCUUCCAUCAUUGACAUGGGUGAGGAGAGUGAGAACCAGCUUUCUAAAUCAGAUGUCCUGCUGUCCUUCUCCUUGGAGGUGGUGAUCAUGGAAGUCCAAGGCCUUAAGUCCUUGGCUCCAAAUCGAAUUGUAUACUGCACAAUGGAGGUGGAGGGUGGAGAGAAACUACAGACAGAUCAAGCAGAGGCUUCUAAACCAACCUGGGGCACUCAAGGCGACUUCUCCACAACCCAUGCGCUGCCAGCUGUUAAAGUAAAGCUAUUCACAGAGAGCACUGGUGUCCUGGCCUUGGAAGACAAGGAACUCGGGCGGGUUAUCCUCCAUCCCACCCCAAAUAGCCCCAAACAAUCUGAGUGGCACAAAAUGACAGUCUCCAAAAACUGCCCCGAUCAAGACCUCAAAAUCAAACUUGCUGUCCGAAUGGAUAAGCCUCAAAACAUGAAGCACUCUGGGUACUUAUGGACCAUUGGUAAGAAUGUGUGGAAGAGGUGGAAGAAGAGGUUCUUUGUGUUGGUGCAGGUCAGCCAGUACACCUUUGCCAUGUGCAGCUAUCGAGAAAAGAAGGCAGAGCCUCAGGAACUCCUACAGCUGGACGGCUACACCGUGGAUUACACCGACCCUCAGCCAGGUUUGGAGGGUGGCCGAGCCUUCUUCAAUGCAGUCAAAGAAGGAGACACGGUGAUAUUUGCAAGUGAUGAUGAACAAGAUCGAAUUUUGUGGGUCCAAGCUAUGUACAGGGCCACUGGCCAGUCGCACAAACCUGUUCCCCCUACCCAGGUGCAGAAGCUCAACGCCAAGGGCGGAAAUGUGCCUCAGCUGGAUGCCCCCAUCUCACAAUUUUCUGGACUGAAGGACGCGGAUAGAGCUCAGAAGCAUGGCAUGGAUGAAUUUAUCUCUUCCAACCCCUGUAACUUUGACCACGCUUCCCUCUUUGAGAUGGUGCAGCGGCUGACUUUGGAUCACAGACUUAAUGAUUCCUAUUCUUGCCUGGGCUGGUUCAGUCCUGGCCAGGUGUUUGUGUUAGAUGAGUAUUGCGCCAGAAAUGGAGUCCGAGGAUGUCACCGGCAUCUCUGCUACCUUAGAGACUUGCUGGAACGAGCAGAAAACGGCGCGAUGAUUGACCCCACGCUUCUUCACUACAGCUUUGCCUUCUGCGCAUCCCAUGUCCAUGGUAACAGGCCUGAUGGAAUCGGAACUGUGACUGUUGAAGAAAAAGAACGCUUUGAAGAAAUCAAAGAGAGACUCCGAGUUCUGCUGGAAAAUCAAAUUACACAUUUCAGGUACUGCUUUCCAUUUGGUCGACCUGAAGGUGCUUUGAAAGCUACUCUCUCACUCUUGGAACGGGUUUUGAUGAAAGAUAUUGUCACUCCAGUACCGCAAGAAGAGGUCAAAACUGUCAUCCGUAAAUGCCUAGAGCAGGCUGCUCUAGUCAACUACUCACGCCUAUCUGAGUAUGCCAAAAUUGAAGGGAAAAAGAGAGAAAUGUAUGAGCAUCCUGUCUUCUGCUUGGCCUCCCAAGUGAUGGAUUUAACCAUUCAGAAUCAAAAGGAUGCAGAAAAUGUAGGCCGCUUAAUCACUCCCGCCAAAAAGCUCGAAGACACAAUCCGUCUUGCUGAACUAGUCAUCGAAGUACUGCAACAAAACGAGGAGCACCACGCCGAGGGGAAAGAGCCACAUGUUGAUAAAGGAGAAGCCUUUGCGUGGUGGUCAGACUUAAUGGUGGAGCAUGCGGAGACGUUCCUGUCACUCUUUGCAGUGGACAUGGAUGCAGCAUUAGAGGUGCAACCCCCAGACACGUGGGACAGUUUCCCACUCUUCCAGCUGCUGAAUGACUUUCUCCGUACAGACUAUAAUUUGUGCAAUGGAAAGUUUCACAAACACCUGCAGGACCUGUUCGCCCCACUUGUUGUUAGAUAUGUGGAUCUGAUGGAGUCCUCCAUUGCACAAUCUAUCCACAGGGGCUUUGAGCGGGAGUCAUGGGAGCCAGUCAAGAGUUUAACCAGUAACCUACCCAAUGUGAACCUACCCAAUGUGAACCUACCCAAAGUACCAAAUCUACCAGUUAACAUCCCUCUAGGCAUCCCACAGAUGCCCACUUUUUCGGCACCGUCAUGGAUGGCUGCUAUAUAUGAUGCUGAUAAUGGAUCAGGUACAUCAGAAGAUUUGUUCUGGAAACUUGAUGCCCUUCAGACUUUCAUCCGUGACCUACACUGGCCUGAGGAAGAGUUUGGAAAACACUUAGAGCAGCGGCUAAAACUGAUGGCAAGUGACAUGAUUGAGUCCUGCGUCAAAAGAACCAGGAUUGCAUUUGAAGUUAAGCUGCAAAAAACCAGUCGAUCAACAGAUUUUCGAGUCCCACAGUCAAUAUGCACCAUGUUUAAUGUUAUGGUUGAUGCCAAAGCUCAAUCAACAAAACUUUGCAGCAUGGAAAUGGGCCAAGAGCAUCAAUACCAUUCAAAAAUAGAUGAACUAAUUGAAGAAACCGUUAAAGAAAUGAUCACACUUUUGGUGGCAAAGUUUGUAACAAUAUUGGAAGGCGUACUGGCAAAGUUAUCCAGAUAUGACGAGGGGACUUUGUUUUCUUCGUUCCUGUCAUUCACGGUGAAGGCAGCUUCCAAGUAUGUGGACGUGCCUAAACCCGGGAUGGAUGUGGCCGACGCCUACGUGACUUUCGUCCGCCAUUCUCAGGAUGUCCUUCGUGAUAAGGUCAAUGAGGAGAUGUAUAUAGAAAGGUUAUUUGAUCAAUGGUACAACAGCUCCAUGAACAUCAUCUGCACCUGGCUGACCGACAGGAUGGACCUGCAGCUCCACAUUUACCAGCUGAAAACCCUGAUCAGGAUGGUAAAGAAAACCUAUAGAGAUUUCCGAUUGCAAGGGGUCCUGGAUUCCACCUUAAAUAGCAAGACCUAUGAGACCAUCCGAAACCGUCUCACUGUGGAGGAAGCUACAGCGUCAGUGAGUGAGGGUGGGGGCUUACAAGGUAUCAGCAUGAAGGACAGCGAUGAGGAAGAUGAAGAAGAUGAUUAGACCAUUCUCUGGGUCCAAGAGUCCAUUGGGAUGGAGUCCUGUAAUCAAUGCAUGUCUUUAGUCUGUUAGUUAACCCCAUUAGGUAAUUUUCUGUCAACCACCAUCCCCAUGAGAUGUUUACCAAUACAAUUACCAUUUUAGCUGCGUGGUACCAAGAUUAGCAAAUGGUUUCCUGAUUUCUGUGUCUAUAUGUUUACAAGCAAUAUGGAACACCAUUCUUAAACACUGUUCAUGGAAAGAAUACAUAGUUCAGCUGCUAGGUGUGUCCCUUUUGUUAGCAGAACAAAAUGAUGCUUCAUCCUGUACUACAUAUACACGGAUUGGAAGUGAACAUGGGAGCAAGUGUGUUUCCAUGUCUCUGUUUCAUGUAUGUGGGUACCAGGUAUUUAAAUUAGUACAUAAAUUAAUUUAAGUGCAUAGAGCUGCUUGGUUUUGGUCUCCGUUUUAUUCUUGUUUUAUGAGAAGGGGGAAAGGCAUGGUCCCAACAACCAACUUUAGCUUUUCUCAUCCCCUAACACUAAAAGCAAUGGACCACUUGUGUCCCAGCAAACCCAGCUUUGCAUUUAUCCAUGUAGUUUAGUUCCCCCUACCAAAAAAGUUACAUAUCAAUGAAUUAAUUAUUUUCAUUGUCAUAGCAAGGGGGCCACGUGACCAGGACGUAGCAUCAAGUAAGGUUCGGACCAACUGUCUUCUGUGAAAGUUUAUCCUAGUAAAUGUCACAUUGUGCUUUUCUGUUUCACUAACUGUAUAUGUAAAAAAACUUAUUGAAAUGAAAACCCUAGACUACAAAUGUAUUUAUAAUAAGAUAUGGAUAUUUCCUUCAGUAGACUGUAACCAUAACUUCAAUUAUUUUGUUCCACACUGUUUUUUAUAUCUGUCAUGUACAUUGCACUUUGAUCUGUAACUGAGCGACCCUGGGGUCUGCUAUAGAGCUGUUUCUUUCUGUGGAAAGUAGUGGAUCCAUCUUGCUUUUUGCCUUAUAUAAAAGCCUACAGUUGUAAAAGUGUGGGAAACUGUGGCUCCUCAAUAAAUAAUUAUUCAAAUGUCCUAAGAAUGUGUGUAUGAGCCCAUCUUCUUCCAUCUCCUUUGAAAGUCCACUGAAGUAUAAGAGGCAGGAAGAAAUGGGGGGAGAGAGAGGGUAAGAGGGAAUUUUCUAGAGCAUUCUUGACACUGUUGUCCAAGAGAGACCGCCUAGAAUUCCAUUAAUUCACAUUCCACUAAUUCAGGAUCUGAUGUUGGGCAUAUUAUGCUUUGCAUCUGAGGAUAAAUAAGGGUUUG